GAGCGCUUGCGCCAACAAAUAUGUACGAGAGCCGGUCAACUUUGCUUUUCCCUUAAAACAUUAUAGAGCAUCAGAGCAUCAGAGCUAUUAUUUUUGGUCAUCGAGUAUUUUCGACGAUCUGACGAACGAAAGUGAGUUUGUACUAAAGUGGCCAAUUAGAAGCAGAGGGGAAAAGGAACAAAAAGUGCGAGUAACUAGAAACAGGGUCGAUGUUUCUAUUGAUAAGAAAAGGCUAGACGAAAACGAGAGGUGUCUAUUCUUGGAAGAUCUCUCCUUCUGAGAUCAUCCGAAAAGCAUUUUACCUUGUUUUAACCUAGUAUGGAUCAAGUUAAUGAGGACAAUGGCUCGCCGUCAAUGUCCAAGGCAGAGGAUAAUUUAUCAAACAGCGAAGGACCUUUACUUAAAAAACGAGAAGUAUUCAAAGACGUAAAUACUACAAGGGAUGUAUUUUUAUCCUCGUCAAAUCGAAGUGAACGCUGGCGACAACAUUCGUAUGAAAUGAAAAAUUACCACGAAGAUGAGGGCAAAGGAGAUAAUCAUUGUUUAUGGAUGUUUACUUUAAUUUUAGGAAUCAUUGGAUUUUGUAAUCUACUUUUAAGUACUACAAUAAUAUUUGUACUCCGCGUUAGCCAAGGAAUGGAGGCCCUAGAAGUCAUACCCGAUGAAAAUAUUGUCAAAUUUUAUGGAAAUACGGAUUUGGAUCGAGUUUGUCUAGAACGCGGAAUUUGCGAAGGCUACGGAGAUGAGCCAAUCGAAUUGUCUGGUGAUAAUGCCGGCGUCAUUAUUGACGUGACGAGUCGUAUUCGAGGAAAACUACUUUCCAAUAUGCAAAUUCUUCCAAACGCUACCUCAGUGUCACGAGUGCAAUCUUUCGACAUAAAAGAUCCAAUUACUGGAAAUUCUUAUUUUUCGACAAAUUUCCCAAAUUUUGGUCUUCCCGAUGGAGUUGUACGUAUCGACGUUAAAGUCGCAGAAACCCGAAGAAUAGUCGCACCGAUGAAUGAAAGUCUCCGAAUAAAAUCAUCACAACAAAUAACACUUAACGGCGCAGAAGGUGCAACAAUUGACAGCAAAAAUAUUAUCUGGACCGCCAACAAUGAUAUAUUUUUUGAAAGUAAAAAUGGCGAUAUUAUCCUCGACUCGAAACAAGGUCUCUUUCUUGACGUCAAAAACAUUCCAAUUGUUCCAAUUUAUCUGCCAAAUCGCGGCGAUAUCAAUGGUCAAUAUAAAGUCUGCAUUUGCAUGCCACAAGGCAAAUUAUUUCGCGUCCCGGUGAAAUCAGGAGGUAGUGCACGUGUCAAUUGCGCCAAAGUUUCCAUUAGUCCAGCAAUUGAUCCCUGUCAAUAAUAAAAAUAAUGGAAAAAAUAUUCUUUUUUAAAUGCCGCUUUUGUACCAUUUUUUUAAAUACAUUUAUUGAAAAUUGCGAACUGCUGAAAAAGCUACACAUUCUAUAUGAAAAACACUUUGCAAUACUCAGACGAUUCACUGAAAUCUAUUACUUCUCAUGGUUAAAUUAAACUAGAAUAGUAAUUUACAUAUCAAUCACACAACUGUCAAUUUAAGUUUGUCAAUGAAUUUCAAUUUAUAAUAAAGAUUUAUGACAACAUAA